AGGCCACAGCCAAUGGGCGCGCCGCUGUCUGUCCGCUCUUCGGCAGCCGGUCGGGGGCGGUGAAAAGCGAGCGAGGAGAGCGCGACGGCGGCGUAGCCAUCGCCGAGGGGGAGAGCGAGGCCCGAGCUUCCGCGUCGAGAUUCGGUUACUGAGGAAGGGACCCAGAGACUCCUUGAACAACAAAAAGUCAAGUCAAAAUGGUUUCAAUCCCGGAAUACUAUGAUGGCAAGAAUAUCCUCCUCACAGGAGCUACUGGCUUCCUAGGCAAGGUGCUUCUGGAAAAGUUGCUGAGAUCGUGUCCUAAAGUGAAUUCAGUCUAUGUUUUGGUGAGGCAGAAAGCUGGACAGACACCCCAAGAGCGAGUGGAAGAAAUCCUUAGUGGCAAGCUUUUUGACAGGUUGAGAGAUGAAAAUCCAGAUUUUAGAGAGAAAAUUAUAGCGAUCAACAGUGAACUCACCCAACCUAAACUGGCUCUCCGUGAAGAAGACAAGGAGGCCAUUAUAGACUCUACCAAUGUCAUAUUCCAUUGUGCAGCCACUGUGAGAUUCAAUGAAAAUUUAAGAGAUGCUGUUCAGUUAAAUGUGAUUGCUACACGGCAGCUUAUUCUCCUUGCACAGCAAAUGAAGAAUCUGGAAGUGUUCAUGCAUGUGUCAACAGCAUAUGCCUACUGCAAUCGAAAGCAUAUUGAUGAAGUAGUUUAUCCACCCCCUGUAGAUCCCAAGAAGCUGAUUGAUUCUUUAGAAUGGAUGGAUGAUGGCCUGGUAAAUGACAUCACACCCAAACUGAUAGGCGACAGGCCUAACACAUACAUAUACACCAAAGCACUGGCAGAGUAUGUUGUGCAACAAGAAGGAGCGAAGCUGAAUGUUGCGAUUGUAAGGCCAUCGAUUGUUGGUGCCAGUUGGAAAGAACCUUUUCCAGGAUGGAUUGAUAACUUUAAUGGACCAAGUGGUCUCUUCAUUGCGGCAGGGAAAGGAAUUCUUCGAACAAUGCGUGCCUCCAACAAUGCCCUUGCAGAUCUUGUUCCUGUAGAUGUAGUUGUCAACACGAGCCUUGCUGCAGCCUGGUAUUCCGGAGUUAAUAGACCAAGAAACAUCAUGGUAUAUAAUUGCACAACAGGCAGCACUAAUCCUUUCCACUGGGGGGAAGUUGAAUACCAUGUAAUUUCCACUUUCAAGAGGAAUCCUCUCGAACAGGCCUUCAGACGGCCCAAUGUAAAUCUAACCUCCAAUCACCUCUUAUAUCAUUACUGGAUUGCUGUUAGCCAUAAGGCCCCAGCACUCCUGUAUGAUAUCUACCUCAGGAUGACUGGAAGAAGCCCAAGGAUGAUGAAAACAAUCACCCGUCUUCACAAAGCCAUGGUAUUUCUUGAAUAUUUCACAAGUAACUCUUGGGUUUGGAAUACUGAUAAUGUCAAUAUGUUAAUGAACCAACUGAACCCUGAAGAUAAAAAGACCUUUAAUAUUGAUGUACGGCAGCUACACUGGGCAGAAUAUAUAGAGAACUACUGCAUGGGGACUAAGAAGUACGUACUGAACGAAGAGAUGUCGGGCCUCCCUGCAGCUAGAAAGCAUCUGAACAAGUUGCGGAAUAUCCGUUAUGGUUUCAAUACUAUCCUUGUGAUACUUAUCUGGCGCAUUUUUAUUGCAAGAUCACAAAUGGCAAGAAACAUCUGGUACUUUGUGGUUAGUCUGUGUUACAAAUUUCUGUCAUACUUCCGAGCAUCCAGCACUAUGAGAUACUGAAGACCAAGAAUUUAGCAUUAGAACAUCUAUGCAUACGGUGAUCUAAAUGCACAAAAUGUAAAAUGUACUUAAGUCAUCUCACCUUUUGUUAAGACAUUAAACCAUCUUAAAUUGGAGCGUGGAGUAAAUUAUGGUCCAUUUUAUGUAACAUUUUAAUGUUUAUGCUCAAAAAUCUAGUGAACACACUGUGGUAUGCCAGCUCAGCUCUGCAAUAGCCAAACUAUGAUUUAACAUUUAAUCCUUGGAAUACAAAGGGUAGGAAGAGGGCAGACGUGGGGCUAUGGGAACAUUGGCCAGUGUAACUGUGCAGUUCUGGAACAUACUAGUUAAAACAUGCCUUAACAUGCAGUCCUAAUAUUCAGUGCAAUGAGAAGUUUGCAGAUAGGAGGCCUAGAUAAAUUAGUUAAGUAUUUGAUUUGAUUCUUCAAUGUUGAUUUCUUUAUUCAGAUAAGAGGUGGGUUUUAGUUUUGCUAAGAUGACAGCCAUGUAUUUUUGCUUCCAAUAAGUUAUAGGUGGUAUCAAAUGCAAAGACAUGUUCUAAUUUUCUUUCUGACUAAAUGUGUGUUGCAUAUAAUUUUCUUGUAAGUAAUCAGUUGCUCUUAUGAUCAGAAGGCCAAAUACUAUUUUAAAGACACUAAUGAAUUUGAGACUUUGUAUCAGUAUAUACUCUGUGCACUUGAAGAAAAGUGGAAACAUGCACAGUAAAACUGUGUUAAUACCAAAAGAAUAGGAAAACAUUUUUUCUAGUCCACAUUUUAAUCAAACGGAACGUUGGUGAGAUGUAUUUUCAUUUUAAAGAGGAUUUCUUGAGACUAGAGUAGAGGUGGGGCUGGGGAAGGACCCAUCUUACGUGUUCUCCCCUCCCUUACAAAUGUUUGCACAGGACUCGCCCAUCUGAACGUGCAUUAUUAUGAAGGAGGGUAGUUGCAGCUUUUAACAUUAAGAAAAUGUCCUUAUGUGUUUGCCAGCACAUACAAAUUUUGACCUUGAAAGCUGAAUUCCUUUAAAAAAAUAAUGCAUAAGUAUGUGUAUAAAAUUAAAUAAAGGAUUUUUCCAUGUAAAGUAGCAAACUGUUGAAUGAGUUCCAAGUCAUCAUUUCUUUGCAUGUUGUUUUAGCUUUAGAAAGACAUGCAGUAUAGAAACAAGCAAUAGCAAGAAAAUUGAUGUAUGUUUGUUGAUAUAUUACAAUUUCCUUCAAGUCUUACUAAUUUGUUACAGUAAUUUUAUUAUAUUUUUGGUGGCUUGUUCAGCACAAUACUGUUAUAAUUAAGCUGAUCAAGUUGUACUACAUUUAAAUCACAGCAGUGUAUCUUGAAAGUGCUUAAAGGGGUAAGUUCACAGUACAGAAAAUUAAAUGUAACUUUACAUUUCAAUGUUUUGUCAAUUGAAAUACAAUGUAGAAGACGUUUAUUUUACUAUUGUGGAAAAGCAAAAUGUAAAAGGAAACCAACUUUUUCCAUACAGGUGUGUAAAUCUAGAAAAGGAAAAACAAAUGCUUCUGUGAUGAAGCCACAUUUUGUGUAGUAAAACUUGUAAAUGUUAUUUUAAAAGAAAUA